AUGAAACGAUUCAUCCGCAAUCUGGGUUCCACUGCUCAUCUAUCUCCCUCUGUGCCAAACCUGAUAGCAAGUAAAUUGAGCUGCGCCAAUCAGCCGCACCAUGUUAGCCAUGUUGCGCAGGCCCUUCGGGAGAGCGGCAUCUUGAAGGUUAGCCUCCAAUUCACAGACGACACCAGCGAAUAUCUUCACAAAGUCCUCCUAAGCCUUCAUAAAUACCACGGCCACGGCCUCCCAAUCACUCAUAGCGCAUCCCGGGGCUGGUUCUGGGACGUGCGCCCUGACCUCACCACAAUCCAAAGUCAAAAUCACCAGGCCCGAUCCGAGACCAUGCAGGAGUUCCCCUGGCAUACCGACUGCAGCUACGAGGAAUCGCCCCCGCGAUUCUUCGCGCUGCAGGUAAUCCAGCCCGAUCGUCGCGGCGGUGGUACCCUAUCCGUCAUGAACGUCGAACGCCUCAGCCAUUUACUCUCCGCGACGGCCACCGCCGCCCUCCUCAAACCGCACUUUCGCAUCACCAUCCCGCCCGAGUUCAUUAAAAUUGACACCCAGCGCUAUAUAAUCGGUAGCAUCAUGGCGGCCAGCGAGUCUGGGCGGCCCGGUAUGGUGCGCUUCCGCGAAGACAUAGUCACCCCGUUGAGCGACGAAGCCGCCAAGGGUCUCGAAGAGCUCAAGCAGUGUCUGCGCGGCCUGGAUAUGCAGGAAAAUGCCCUGCAUCUCACCCCUGAACACAUGCCCCGGGGAUCGAUUGUGCUCAUGGACAAUCACCGCUGGCUGCAUGCGCGCAACGCAGUCCGGGAUCCUGAACGCCACUUACGCCGGAUUCGGUGGAAUGCCCGUCCCUUUCCUGCAGCUUGUUCUUAG